UCCAAAGAGCUCGCUGCAGGAGGAGUCUUCACUGCUGGCUGCCCUGGUCCUCCAGAGCAGUAGAGAGCUGAGGUCAGUGGCUGACCGCGGUCCGGCCAUGGCGGCCUGGUUGCUGCUUUUCCCGAUGCUGUCGUCUGUGCUUCUGGGUGGGGGCGGCUGGCGCCUUCCGCUGGCGUCAGACCCCGCGCUGGAGGCCCCGGCUCAGUUUGCGAUGGAGGUUUAUAACCGAGGCCGCGAUCCUGGGGCUGCGGCGGUGCUGCAGAGCGUCCAGGGGCGGAGCCUGAAGAUGGCCCAUGGGGUUCUGUACUCCCUGGAAGUGACACUGCAUGAGCCGACUUGCAGCCUCUCCACAACCUGCAAGGACCCCCAGCCUUCAGGGACCCUGCUUUGUCGUUUUGAAGUCCUGGACCAGAUGUGGGCCAAGCAGAUGCUGCUGAAGCAAGACUGUGGCCAGCCUGGGGCCCAGCAUCUUCCGUGGAGUUCUGGCCAUCAGCCUCCCAUCCCCCCACCACAGGGUGACUCAGUGCAGCUUAUCAUACUCUUCAAGGACUUCCUCUCCACCUACAACAAGAGCUAUGCCAAUGCCACAGAGACACAGCGCCGUCUGGGCAUCUUUGCCCAGAACCUGGAGCUAGCCCAGAAGAUGCAGGAGUUGGACCAGGGUUCUGCCGAGUACGGAGUCACCAAGUUCAGUGACCUCACAGAGGAGGAGUUUCGGACUUUCUAUCUGAACCCCCUAUUAAACAGCCUCCCAGGCCAAGCUCUGAGGCCAGCCCCACCUGCCAAGGGCCCAGCCCCUGCUUCCUGGGACUGGAGAGAUCAUGGGGCUGUCACCGAAGUCAAGAAUCAGGGUAUGUGCGGGUCCUGCUGGGCCUUCUCUGUCACAGGCAAUGUGGAAGGGCAGUGGUUUCUACGCCAUGGGACCCUGCUGGCCCUUUCUGAGCAGGAGUUGGUGGACUGUGACACCCUGGACCAUGCCUGUGGCGGAGGCCUUCCCUCCAAUGCCUAUAUGGCCAUUGAGAGACUGGGUGGGCUGGAGACAGAGAAGGACUAUGGUUAUGAGGGCCGUAAAGAGCGCUGCAGCUUUUCUCCUGACAAGGCGAGGGCCUAUAUCAACAGCUCCGUGGAUCUGAGCCGUGAUGAACAAGAGCUCGCAGCCUGGCUGGCGGAGAAUGGCCCCAUCUCCAUCGCUCUCAAUGCCUUCGCCAUGCAGUUCUACCGCCGUGGGGUCUCCCACCCAUUCCGGCCCCUCUGCAGCCCCUGGUUCAUUGACCAUGCUGUGCUGAUUGUGGGUUUCGGCAAUCGCUCAGGCAUCCCCUUCUGGGCCAUCAAGAACAGCUGGGGCCGAGACUGGGGUGAGGAGGGUUAUUAUUACUUAUAUCGAGGGGCCCGGGCCUGUGGGGUGAACGUCAUGGCCAGCUCUGCUAUCGUGGACUAGAGAGCCUGCUUGGGUCCGGAAUUGGUAAUAGCAGUACCCGCUCUGGGCAGGGCAAUGUCUCAGAAGCUGCCCGGCCUGGUUCGUGAACUCAGACCCCCUAGACUUGCCUAGGCUAGUGUGGAUCAUCCCUGUUGGUGUUGGCACUCUCAGCCCUGCCAAGGGCUGUUUGAGGACAAGUAGCUUGGUGUGGGGAGGGAGGCAAAGGGCUGAGGGCCCAGCACCAGCCAAGAGUAGCUGGGGGCCCACAUGGAGCAGGAUGUCAGAGGCUGAUGGAGAGAAGGGGUCCCUUCAAGUGAGGCAGGACCCCUGGGAUCUGUUCUGGGAGUUCAGGGAUUGCUGCUUGCCUCCGAUCUGAAGAUCUAAAGCCCGCUUCUGUCACAUUCCCAGCUACUGUAGAUAAGGCCCCCCUCUGUAUGACGGUGUGAAUUCUUCUUCCUCCCCUAGCUGAGAUGAAAACCACAUCUGUUACAAUUGAAGGCCUGUGCCUGACCACCCUCUAGCAUCAAUAAAGAUAGGACCCUUCCUG